AUGGUCUUAACGUGGGUCGAGAUACUGCUCCUGGGGCUCGCUUGCUGCCUCUUCAUCCGCUCAACAUGGAACUCAAUGUACAAGGACCGCAAUCUGCCCCCCGGACCGACCCCCCUGCCCUUUAUUGGAAACCUGCUGCAGAUAGAACGGGGGCAGAUGGCGAAAUCUCUGAUGAAGCUGUGGAAGAAGUACGGGGACGUCUACACGUUAUAUUUUGGCUCCAGUCCUGUCAUCGUCAUCUGUGGGUAUCAGGCUGUGAAGGAAGCUCUUGUUGACCAAGGAGAAGAAUUUGGUGCCCGAGGAAACCUCGCUACCAUCAACAAGUUUACCCAGGGCUAUGGGAUUGUUUUCAGCAAUGGGGAACGAUGGAGAACGAUGCGGAACUUCACUUUGAGGAACCUGAGAAGUUUUGGGAUGGGGAAGAAGAGCAUUGAGGGGAAGAUCCAGGAGGAGGCUCAGUAUCUUGUGGAAGAGUUUAAAAACCCUAAAGGGAUGCCACUGAACCCAUCCAAAAAUAUAAUCAGUGCUGUCUCCAACGUUCUCUGCUCAAUCAUAUUCGGAAACCGAUUUGAAUACACGGAUGAGAGGUUUUUCAAGCUACUCAAAAUAGUGGAGGAGAUUUGCAGCCUUACAAGCAGUAGCUGGGGACAGCUUCAGAACAUUUUCCCAACACUGAUGGACUACGUUCCAGGACCUCAUCAAAAAAUAUGCUCCAUUUCUGAGGAACUAAACCAGUUUAUAUAUGAGCGAGUACAGAAGAACCAGGAAACACUGGACCCCGAAUCCCCUCGAGAUUUCAUAGACAAUUUCCUUAUUAAAUUACAAGAGGAACAACAGAAUCCGGCUUCACAAUUUAACAUGAGGAACAUUAUGAUGACAUUUUAUACCCUGUUUCUGGCCGGGGCAGAGACCAGCACCACUGUACUGAAACACUCGCUCCUUAUACUAGUAACAUACCCCGAAAUACAAGCCAAUGUCCACAAAGAAAUAGACCAGGUUAUUGGACGUGGGCGCGCCCCGAAUUAUAACGACCGGGCUAAAAUGCCGUAUACUGAAGCCGUGAUACAUGAGAUUUUGCGCUUCGCUGAUAUUGUUCCACUCAACGUCCCUCAUAUGGUCACAAAGGACACCACCUUCAGGGGAUUCAGCAUUCCCAAGGGUAUUGAAGUCCACCCCAUCCUCUGCUCCGUCCAUCGGGAUCCCACGCAGUUCGCCAACCCGUAUAAGUUCGAUCCCAACCAUUUUUUGGAUGAGAACGGCAGCUUUAAGAGACACGAGGCCAUGAUGGCGUUUUCUGCAGGGAAACGGAUCUGCCUUGGGGAAAGUCUGGCUCGGAUGGAAAUAUUCGUGUUCCUCACCACUAUCCUGCAGAACUUCACACUAACCUCCCAGAAGAAAUUCUCCGAGGCUGACAUCACCCCACGUAUGGGGGGCUUUGUAAAUGCUCCCAUCCCAUACGAGAUCUCAUUCAUUUGCCGCCAAUAA